UAGUUAGUGGUGUUCAGUGUUCUCAGGGUUAAUGUUUAUUAAAAUUUCAUUUGUGCGGCAUAAAUCUCGUAAAUGACUAUUGACUGACAUAAAUUAUGAGUUAGCAGUUGUAACAAGUGCAUUUGCACUUUUUGAGGCCUCAUGUGCCAUACGAGAAGACUGCUACACAAGACUGAAGACAUUGUGGAUAGUAAAGACUGAGAUCAGGUACAGGAUGGAGACGGAGGACGCUGGCAGUGGAAAGGAGGACGAGCCCGAGGUGGAGGCUGGUUCAGAGCAGGAGGACGAUGACGGUGCGGGACCCUCAACCUCCGCCGGCUCUUCUUCAAGCAACAACCGCCACCAGCGGAACAUGGCGGAGAAGAUGCGGCGAGACAAGCUCAACUUCUUCAUCAACGAGUUGUCAACUCUGGUGCCCAUCAUCAGCUUCUCGCCAAAGAAACUGGACAAGACCAGUAUCCUGCGCUUGGCCGCCACCUACAUCCGUCUACAUAAUGUGAUCUUCGGCUCGGCUCGGGGAGGCAGAGAACGCCGCACAUCAGCAACCCCCUCGGCUGCCGUCCAGGGUCAGAUGAUGGAGUACUUGCCACAGUACCUGGCCUCCUUCAACUGGUCCGAGAACGUCCUUGAGGAGAUGGACGGCAUGCUCAUGAUUGUCAAUGGAGCCGGUCGAAUCAUCUUCAUAUCCCACACUGUGGAAAAACUGCUUGGUCACACACAGAUUGAGUUAAUGGGCCAGUCGCUGUUCAAUUUGACUUGUCUGGAAGAUUACGACGAGUUGAAACGCAACCUCGCUCCAGACGAAGAUCAAGCCAUCAGUGCUGCUACCAGUGACGCAGGCGCAGACGACAACAGUACUGACUCGGUGUACAACAGUCCGGCUCCAUGCAGUUCAACCUCCAUGCCAGGACAGGAAGACCAGCGACUGCGCCGGAGCUUCUACAUCAGACUGCGCCAGCGAGCGCAGAGCCGCAGUGACCAGCCUCAGUACGAGCUGGUGCAUGUCAUGGGGCACUUGCGCGCGCCUCCACCCACACAGACACGUCGAUCAGACAGUCCGCCAAAUCACAAUGACAUAAUCUUGGUGGCUGUAGUGAAGCCAUUCAGAGAGAAGAGAAUCACGACUCUGUCUCUGAUGGAGGCUUGUAGAGAAGAGUUCAUCACCAGACACACUCUGGACGGCCGCAUCAUCUACACGGAUCACCGGAUAUCUAUAGUGGCAGGUUAUUUGUCUGAAGAAGUAUGUGGAGUGCCAGGUUUUCAAUACAUGCACAAAGAAGACAUGCGAUGGACUAUGGUGGGCCUACGCCAGAUGUUUUUCCGAGGCUCAUCCUAUGGCCAGAGUUGUUAUCGACUUCAGACCAAAAAUGGUAAUUUCAUUUACCUAAAGACUUGUGGAUAUUUGGAACUGUCGGAAAAUAAUGACAGCUUCCAGUCACUUAUCUGUAUCAACUCACUCGUCACGUAA